AUGCAGAAUGGAUCUCAACCACUCGAGGCCCGAAUCGGCGAUCACGCUGCCAAAUCGUCGCUAUGGGAUCGUGUUUGCAGUCAGUUUCAUAUGAGACCCCCUGAGGAUGAUGAGCCACAGUCGUGGUGGAUUGCGUCCACUGCGAUUCCGCUGGUGGCGGCGGCGGCCGGACCGCUAGCCAAUGUGAUGUCGAUCGUUGCGUUGGUCAUGCCAUGGCGAAGUAAGAUUAUUUCGAGAGUGGAAGGGCCAGCUGGAAAUUGGGUACAGGAAGGUUAUCCUGACCCUCACUGGGCGAUCGCGCUGAACGCAGUGUCCCUUCUUUGCGGUGUGGUCGGGAACUUUUUUUUGCUUCUGAAUUUUACCCAGACAGUUCGCUAUAUCAUCGCGUUGCCGGUUACGAUCAUUCUAUGGUUCCUUGCAACAGGCAUGCUAUGCGGGCUGACAGCGUCUCUAUCAAUCUACAGCCCACCGAUUCCGCCCAACGAUGUAUACUCGCAAGCCUAUUGGAGUGCUGUUAUUGCUGCCAUUCUCUAUUUUCUUUUGGGUCUUAUGUUGAUGAUCAACAUGCUGGGGUACUUCUUAGGAAAGUACCCGCAGCAUUUUUCACUCACAGAUGAUCAGCGGACCCUCAUUCUUCAAAUGACAGCCUUCGUGGUCUGGCUUCUCAUCGGCGCGGCAAUUUUCCAACGAGUUUUGGGCAUAUCUUUCGCUGACGCCUUAUAUUUUUGCGACAUCACGGUUCUCACAUUGGGCUUUGGAGACGUUACUGCGCAAACAGCAGUUGGAAGGGGGAUUAUCUGGCCAUAUGCAGUAAUAGGAAUUAUUAUGCUCGGUUUGGUAGUUGGAAGUAUCCACCAAUUUGCUCGUGAGGUUCAUUAUGACAAUGUCGUCCGGAAGCAUAUUGAGCAAAAGCGACAGUCGACUUUCCAGCGAUCCAUCACUCUAGACCAGCUUCAAUCUGUUCAACCGAGUUUAUCGCGAGACAAGAAUGUUUCAACCCCGGAGCUUGCUCGUCAGCACUCCCAUGCUUCUAACCACCGGCAUCACAAACACCAACCUAUUCGCAGCACAAUCAAUGCCUUGGCAUCUGGUCGCCGGCCUAGACUCCUGGUCAUGCGAGAGGAGAAAGACCGUUUCGAUGCCAUGCGCGCAAUUCAAUAUGACACUAUGCGCUUCCGUCGCUGGAACGACCUUGUCAUCAGCAUCAUUGCCUUUGGUAUAGUGUGGACAUGCGGAGCAGUUGUCUUCUGGCAGCUAGAAGAAAUGUCGUAUUUUGAAUCGCUUUAUUUCUGCUUCUGCUCCCUGUUGACGAUUGGAUACGGUGAUUUCACACCGCAGUCGAAUCCGGGCCGACCAUUCUUUGUGAUGUGGUCGCUGAUCGCUAUCCCGACCAUGACGAUGCUCAUCUCGCAGAUGAGUGAUACAAUUGUUGCCGGAUUCAAGCAUUCGACGGAGAAAUUCAGCGACUAUUUCGUCAUGCCUCGAGCAGGAGUAUACAAAAACUUUCUUGACCAUUUCCCUUUCAUCAGGAAUUGGAUUCAAGUCCGCCAAGAAAAGAAAAACUUGAAGCGUGGGUUUCAGGUUGGUGACGAGGCGGACGAGGCAGCUGAAAUUGAGAACCGGCGGCCAUCUGGCUCAGCUUCAAAAGAAGUUGAGCAACCAGGGCGUGUCCGCAGUCGAUCUGAUGACUCAAGUCACCCACACCGCACCAUCGAAGAACUCGCCCGUGAGACUGACCCGUCACCCUUCGAACUUGCCCAGCAACUGGCCUUUGCGAUCCGUCGUACCACCCAGGAUGCUCGGGACGGCAAACGCAAACGAUAUAAAUACGAGGAAUGGGUCGAAUUUACUCGCCUGAUCCAAUUCACCGAUCCGCACAGUCGGCCAUCUUCCGUUGACACGAGUCAACCCCCUGUUAUCGACGGAGGGAGCAUGUCUGUCGACGAGGAUGAAUUUGGUGUUUUGAACUGGGACUGGAUUGGCGAAAAUAGUCCCAUGCUUGCCCACCAGACUGAGCCUGAGUGGAUUCUGGAUCGUCUGUGCGAAAGCUUGAUUCGGUACGUAUCGACGCAAGAGCAAGCCAAAGCUGCGGCUCAAGGCUUGAAUGAGGAGGUAGUUGAAGAGGCUACACUGAAGAAGGAGAGAGAUCUGGGGAUUGAAGAAGCAUCUUGA